AUGGCAGCCCUUCUUCGAAACGAAUGCAAGCAGGCUCUCGCAAAGAGCCUGCCAUGGACAAAAUCGCCUCUUGUCAUUAGCGCGCCCAUGCGCGUCAUGACCGGGCCGAGCCUCGCGGUGGCCGUCUCUUCUGCUGGAGGCCUUGGGUUUCUUGGGCCGACCCUCAAGCCAGAAGACAUCUUUGCCGACCUCGACAAGGCAACUGAGCUCCUCGGCUCCUCGUCAAUCCAAGGCGCUGCUGGACAAUCGCUACUCCCCAUCGGCGUCGGGUUCCAGACUUGGAACGGCGACCUCAAGGUGGCCGUAUCUGCAGUGACCAAGCACCGCCCCUGUGCCGUGUGGUUGUUCGCACCGCGUCACGGCCAGGCCGAAUUCAAUGAAUGGACCACGGCCAUCAAGGGUGCAUCACCAGACACACGGGUUUGGCUGCAGGUCGGCUCCCUCAGCGAGGCUGUCGACGCUGCCGCCAGCUCGACACCACCCGACGUCCUCGUCCUACAAGGAGCCGAAGCAGGCGGGCACGGCAGACACAGGGAUGCGCAGGGAACGAUUGCCUUGGUCCCAGAGGUAUCCGAUGCGUUGGGAGACAACAAGAUCCCGCUGAUUGCUGCGGGAGGCAUCGUUGACGGUCGCGGAGCCGCGGCUGCACUUACACUGGGCGCUGCAGGCGUCGCCAUGGGCACGCGUUUCCUGGCAUCCAGAGAGGCCCGGAUUAGCAAAGGCUAUCAGAAUGAGGUUGUUCGAGCAUCCGACGGCGCCAAGAAUACUGUGCGUACGCAGCUGUACAACCAUUUACGUGGCACGUUUGGCUGGCCGGAACACUUCUCGCCUCGCACAUUGAUCAACAAGAGCUGGACGGAUCACCAAGCUGGAAUCCCGUUUGACAAAUUGAAAGAGCUGCAUGAUGAGUCUGCCAAGGCUGGGGAUGCUGGCUGGGGUCCCGAGGGGAGACUGGCAACGUAUGUUGGUGCCGCUGUAGGACUUGUUCGAAAUGUGGAUGAUGCGGCCGUCAUUGUGCGCGAGACUCGAGACCAAGCAAGGGCCAUUCUUACAUCAGUUGUUGCUCAUCUGUAA